AAACACGACCGGUCAUGAUUUUGCUAGGUUUUUUACUUAUUUUUGCAGUUUUCGGCGACGACGUGGUCCCGGAAAACGCAUGCCUGGAAAAGCAGGUUGUUGAGCCGAAGAAGCCAGUGAACAGUUCAGAAGAAUUCGAAUUUCCCAAUAACAAAUCAGUUGUCUUCUUGGCGAAUAAAUCGUGUUCUUGGGUUAUUCUGGUUCCUGGGAACUUUUUUGUCAUUCUGUAUAUCAAUGCCACCGUACCGCCGGCCGGAAGAAUACGAGCAACUCAGGCUCCAAAUCAUACAGAAAGCUUCACCGAUACACAUGUUGAAGUUGCUCUGUUAUUCGUGGCUCCAAGUUUUGAGCUCAACUGGUUUUCUGGAAACUCUUCUUCCGGAGGAAUCAAUUUCAGUGUGCAAUGGCAGCCAUUCACCGAAAACAUGACAUCUCAAAACUACACUCUAGAGAAAGGCGGCUCAUCGGUGGUGCUGGAUCAUGAGGACACAUACAGCCCAGUCGUUUUCAAAGCAGCCACAAAAGUUUCAAUUUUAUGUUUGCCAGGGUAUCGACGAGAAGAAGACACAUAUCUCAGAACCGGCAUAGUUUUUGAUGGUCCAAAUGUUAACAGUCCAUUUUUGGGAAGUUUAUAUUCCAUCAGUCAAUCUCACUCCCAACUUUUGUCAUCUGGCUCUACGGUCACUAUUUUCUCAAUAGUUCCAAUUCCUUCACACCAUCAUGUAAUUGUUCAGGAUGCCUCAAUGUACGAAAAUAUAAGUCAAAUAAGCAGCCUUAACCUCAACGAGUUCGGAGUAGAAGUGGUCCACCUAAACGCCUCAUCCGGAAAAUCAGUCCUUUUCACCCAUAUCAAAAGUAACUUGAUUGAUGAAUAUCUCAUUUCGGUGGAAAUCGACAAAGGUGCCGAGCUUCAAGUAUAUUUUGAAGGGCUCAAAGAAACUCAAAAAGUUGCAACCUAUACAAGCAAAAAUAAUGGAACUAACUUGCCACAAAAACUUCAAGGUAGCAUCAGGUAUUAUAUGUUGACUUCUGGGAAAGCUUCUUUGUCAUUGACUAGAGACAAAGGGAAGUCCAACUGGGAACAUGCAUUUGCGGGAAGAAAAGGAUUUCUGACAUCAAAGUACUGGAAGAAUGAUAACCCUGAAUUGGAGCAGGAUUCGUUUCAUUUCAUCGGUGUGGAGACUAAAAAUUCAACUCUGUACAAGUUUCUCUAUCGAGUUUUGGAGGCGGAUUUGGCUGGUGAUAAUAGUGUUCACUUGGUGGUAGCUGAUAAUGCUCAGAGGAUACUCUAUUACGAUCACCGAAGUGCAACCGAGUACACAAACGAUACUGAAUGGCAUUCACAUUAUGGUCAUUCGAUUUCACUGGUUUAUUCUUCAAAUACUGCCGUGUCAAAAGGAUUUUUUGCGGAGUUUGAAAUAAGUUCUGCUUUUCAAAAAUUUUCAAUUUGGAUUUUAAUUUGUAAUAUUGUUAUUUAUUUGGUCUGAAAUGAAUAAAUCAUUGUUAUGUUA